UUUGUAAACAUUAUUAUAUAAUCUGUCUGCUUUCAUUGAUAAUGUCUAAAAGCAUGUAAUUAAUUAAAUGAUUUAAGACGGCUAAUUAUUAAAAAGGAAGACAAUAUGGCAUUUUCCCCCCUCCUAAUAUGGAAUCUCUUACAUCAUUAACAACUACAAAAAUAAAUAAAAUUCUUCCUAUUCAUUAAUCUCUCCAAAAAAAUGAAAAUCAUUAUUUCACUAACAAUUUUCUUCUAUGCACUGUUCUUCACACGAUUUAAAGUCGAAGCAAAGUGUCGAAAAGGCUGCGAUCUUGCCCUAGCAUCGUACUACGUUUCGGAAGGAUCGAAUCUGACCUACAUCAGCCAGAUCUUCGGCCGGGAUAUUCCCGAGAUUCUCCGGUACAACCCGCACGUUUCCAGUCCGGAUAACAUCCAAACGGGUACCCGGAUCCACGCCCCGUUUUCAUGCGAGUGCGUGAACGGGGAUUUCUUGGGGCACACGUUUCAGUACGUGACUCAGGGAGGGGAUACGUAUUCUAAUGUUGCUAGGUUUGCGUUCGCUAACCUCACGACGGAUUAUUGGAUCCAACGGGUCAAUGUUUACGACCCGACCCGGGUGCCGGAUUUCGUACCGAUUAACGUGACGGUGAAUUGCUCGUGCGGCGACCGGCACGUGUCGCGAGAUUACGGGCUGUUUGAGACGUACCCUGUUCGGGUUGGGGAGAGCUUGCAGUCUUUGAGUGUGGGGGUUGGUUUGUCAGCUGAGUUGAUUCUAGGGUUUAAUCAGGGUGCCAACUUUAGUGCUGGAUCAGGGAUUAUUUUCUUGCCUGCUAAAGGAUCGAAUCUCACCUUCAUAUCCAAAGUCUUCUCAACCACAGUCAACGCCGUCGUCGCCCAAAACCCCCAAAUCACGAAUCAAGACCUAAUUCAAUUCGGCAGCAGAGUAAAAAUCCCCUUCUCGUGCGGCUGCGUAAACAAUCAAUUCAUGGGCCGUCGGUUUGAUUAUCAGGUCAAACCUGGUAAUGUUUACAAAACUAUAGCGGAACUGUAUUAUUCGAAUCUCACAACGGUCGAUUUAUUGACGAGGUUUAAUACUUACCGACCUGAAAACGUACCCGUGGGCUCGAUUUUGAAUGUGAUCGUAAAUUGUUCGUGUGGGAAUCGAAGGGUGUCGGAUGAUUAUGGGUUGUUUUUAACUUAUCCUCUUCGUAUCGGCGAGAGUUUAUCGAGUAUCGGAAAUGAAUUCGGACUUUCUGAGAGCUAUGCAGGAUUUAAUCCCGGUGUCGAUUUUAGCGGUGGGAGUGGUUUGGUUUUUGUUCCGGUACGAGGAAUCUCUGGUGGAGCCAUAGCUGGAAUAUCGAUUGCAGCCGUUUUUGUGGCAAUUUUGUUGGCAUUGUGCGUCUAUUUCGUCUUCUGCAGAAGGAAAAAAGAAACGGGAGGAACUUUUCUCCACAAUGACCAAAGCAUUGAGAAUGCACAUGAAGUAUAUAUUAAACAUAGUUUUUUCAUGAAUAUAGGUCUAAUGGAAAAAACUUCGGAAUCGGGUCCGCUUGUUGCUAGUCCCUCUCCGAAGCUCAAGGGUAUUACUGUGGAUAAAUCGGUAGAGUUCACGUAUGAAGAAUUAGCUGCAGUUACGGACAAUUUUAGCCUUUCCAAUAAAAUCGGACAAGGUGGUUUUGGAGCUGUUUUUUAUGGAGAGCUACGAGGCGAGAAAGCUGCUGUGAAAAAGAUGGACAUGCAAGCAUCAAAGGAGUUUUUGGCUGAACUGAAAGUUCUAACACAUGUUCAUCAUGUGAACUUGGUGCGUUUAAUAGGAUACUGUGUCGAAGGAUCCUUGUUUCUAGUUUACGAGUACAUAGACAACGGUAACCUUAGUCAACACUUGCGUGGUAAAGUAAUGGAACCAUUACCAUGGUCGACAAGGGUCCAAAUCGCCCUCGACUCGGCUAGAGGACUCGAAUACAUACACGAGCAUACCGUACCUGUAUAUAUACAUCGCGAUAUCAAGUCUGCAAAUAUUCUGAUCGACAAGAAUUUCCGUGCAAAGGUUGCUGAUUUUGGUCUGACCAAACUGACUGAAGUGGGGAGUGGUUCUCUACAAACGCGUCUCGUUGGAACUUUCGGAUACAUGCCUCCCGAGUAUGCACAGUAUGGAGAAGUUUCGCUAAAGGUCGAUGUGUAUGCUUUUGGUGUUGUUCUUUUCGAACUGAUAUCGGCAAAAGAUGCAAUUGUAAAGACGAACGAAGUCAUCGCAGAAUCGAAAGGCCUUGUUGCUCUGUUUGAGGAAGCUUUUAAGCAGCCUGAUCAGACUGAAGGUCUACGAAAGCUAGUUGAUCCGAGGCUUGGUGAAGAUUACCCUUUCGAUUCAGUCUCUAAGGUAGCGCAUCUUGCGAAAGCUUGCACGCACGAAAAUCCGCAACUGAGGCCGAGUAUGAGAUCGAUAGUAGUGGCACUAAUGACAUUAUCAUCUUCAACUGAAGAUUGGGAUAUUGGCUCCUUUUAUGAAAACCAGGGUUUAGUUCACUUAAUGUCAGGCAGAUAAUUAAUUAAGCUAAUUAUUAUUUAGUAUAUUUGUUUUGUUUGUCCCAUGUUUUAUUGUAUUAU